AUGCAUGCCUCUCUAUCGCAACUUGCCGAAUUCGAGACGAUCUCGCGAUUUGUAGCAUGUUUGCUUAACGAAAGUCUGGCAUGUGCAACUGUUGCCGCUCGCCCAAGCAUCGAUAGUGGUAGCAUUGGAGUCUUGAUCGGAAGCAAGAAAAGGAACAACACAGAGAACCCACAAAUAUGGAUUGCUUCUGCAUCCCGAGAGCUGCAGGCACUCGUCGAGGGUAAACACCUUUGGCAUUCUGCUGAUUUUCGUGCACCAGUCUUGCGCAUUGACGGGAUUCGAGAGGACCCUGCUUCGCUUGAUGAUGUUAUUGAGGUCUUGUUAGUACCUUUGGCAGGCGAGUGGGAGUCAGGGGUAAAGUCUACAGCUAAUCAGCUGAGAAAUGCGGCACUUAAUCAAGCUGUAUGGUUCGAGUUCUAUGCCAGACACGAUCGACCGGAUCUCAACAGCACCUCGAUGCAAUGGGAACAGUCUUUGAUAACUGGACAUCCCUCUCAUCCUAUGCAUCGUGCCUGCAUUGCGCAGCCUCCGCUUGCAGAGUUGAGUAGCCGCGAUCUGCCGUCGCUACUCAAGCCACAGCUGUCGAUCAUCGCAGUGGAUAGCUUAUCUGUCAGAGUGACAGGCCCGUUCCGUAAUCUCAUGGCUCCGCUAUUGCGAUGUUUCCAGCUGCCGCCAAUACUCGCCCAUGAAAUCGCUAUUCCAUGCUUGACAAGACAGCUGCCGGUCAUCAAGGAGUACCACAAGUCCACAAGAGUGCUCAUCGAACAUGCUGUCGUCGGAGACGCUCAAGCUUCAAUCCGUACCGUUUCGCUUGGGCGAGAGACAGACUUCCCAUACGACAUGAAGAUGUCGUUGGCUUUCACAAUCACCUCAGUCUUGCGAACAAUUACACCUUGGUCUGCUUGCCUCAACCCAGAGCUCUCAAAUGUCCUCGAGGAUCUGCUAUCAGAAGACUUAUGGUUAUGCAAAGAAGUCGCAACCGUGACCGGUGCUCAGAGCGACUUCGAACACGAAGCGAAAUACAUAUCGUGUGUCCUCCGCGAAAAUCACGAAGUCCGUGCGAAAGCUCUGGGUCAGAAACUAAUCAUUGCCGCCGCACUCGCUGAGAAACCAUACGAUGCAACAGAGUGCCAUGCAGCUCUGCUUUUCGAUCUUCAUACAAUUGAGGAGAAACUGCAAUGGUUGUCAGACUACGCUUCGAAACUUUGUGAUUCAAUCCUUCUGCCUGUGAUAGACAGUGGAAUUUGUCUCGAAGCCCAUGCUCAAAACAUUCUCGUUAGAGUGGACACGUCCGCUGCUCAGCCGACAAUCGCUGGCUUCGUGGUCCGCGAUCUGGAUGCAAUACAAGUCAACGCGCCAAAGCUUCGCCAACGAGGUUACCAGAUCACGAGUGCUCUCCCCGGAAGCUGGGUUCUGAAUGAGAAUGAGCAAGAAGGAUGGAAAGUCUUGCAGCACUCUCUCAUCCACGGCCAUUUCCAACAUCUUAUUCGGAGGUUGCGAAUCUAUCCUCUCGGGCAAGCGUGGUCUCUCAUUCGAACGCAGAUUCGGAACACUCUUACGAAACGACCAAGGACGGAGGAAAUUGAACGUCUCGAGCAGUUUCUCUUCUCGCCUUUGGUAAACAGUAAGGCUUUUCUGCGGAUGAAGUUGAAGGAGAAUUCUUUUGAUGACGAUUAUACUGUUACUCCAAACGUGCUGUUGACUGAAUGGCCAGGAUGGAGGAUUUAA